AUUAGAAAAUAGUGAAAGUUUUAACAGAAAUAAAAAUGCAUACAAACAAAGAAUUAGUAGGUCUCAAAGAGUGAGAGAGAGAGAAAGAGGAGAGAGAUGGGGGAGAUUGUGUUUACAGACAAGCAAGAAGCUUUGGUGAAGGAGUCUUGGGAGAUACUGAAGCACGACAUCCCCAAAUACAGCCUUCACUUCUUCUCACAGAUACUGGAGAUAGCACCACCAGCUAAAGACAUGUUCUCUUUCCUAAGAGAUACAGAUGAAGUGCCUCACAAUAAUCCUAAACUCAAAGCUCAUGCUGUUAAAGUCUUCAAGAUGACAUGUGAAACAGCAAUACAGCUGAGGGAGAAAGGCAAAGUGGCUGUGCCUGACACAACCAUCCAAUACUUGGGUUCUGUUCAUCUCAAAAGUGGAGUUCUUGAUCCUCACUUUGAGGUGGUGAAAGAGGCUUUGGUGAGGACACUGAAAGAAGGAUUGGGGGAGAAAUACAAUGAAGAAGUGGAAGGAGCUUGGUCUCAAGCUUAUGAUCACUUGGCUUUAGCCAUUAAGGCCGAGAUGAAACAAGAAAACUCACAGAAACCCUGAAUAUCAUUUGGGUAUAUGCUCAUAGGUGAAUCUGUAUUAGUUAUAUUCAUGAAAUGGUGAAUCUGUAUGCACACGUAUGAUAUCAAAUCAUCUUUGUGAAAUUUAUCUCAACUACUUUUGUUCUUUCUUA